CGAAAAAUGACUGCAGCUACUACAAACAUUAUUAAUAAUGAAAAUAAUUGGCUUAAUCCACAAAGCAAUAAUGUUCAUCAACAAAUAGUUGAUGAUAAUUAUGACAACCAAAAUCGGACAAGAAAAGUAUCUUCAAGUUUAUUAGUAAUUGUUGAAUCACAACAAGAUUUGGAACCUGUUGCCCCACCACCUUGUAGAGUAUUUAAAUUUGAUGGCCCUGCAGAUGGAGGCGGGGGAAGAAGAAUUGUGGAUAUUGGGAUUGAUGAAGAGGAAUUGAUUUUGUGGUGUCGCAGUUGUAUUCGUAAAGAAACAACAUUAGAACAAUUUGUUUAUUUAGACGAAAUUGUGGAUGUUUUGUUAGGCCAAACAUCCCCAGACAAAAACAAAAUAACAACAGAAAACGGGGCUUUAGCUUUACAGCAAAUGGCUACUGGAUUUGCUACAAAUACUUCAAACAAUGAUUUUUGUCAAGGAAUGGUAACUGUAAUGCAUGGGAGAAAAUUUGUUAGUCCCUCGUCUUUUGUGUUUCUGGCAAAGUCUGCGGAAACUGCGAGGCUGUGGGUACAGGAAUUACGUAAAUAUGCUUUAAAACACCACCGUUCAGUUCACGAUAAUUGGUUUUAUUGGAGAAAGCUUUUCGCCCCUCUACGUUGCUCCCUCUCAGAUGAACAAUCCUUUAGUAUUGAACAACUUCUACAAAUCCUUUUCCCUUCUGAUAAACAAAAAGAGGAAAGAAAAAUACAAGAGGAAAUUUUGGUUAGAAAAUUGCCUAUUUUAAAGGAUAAGCACCAACGAACUUCCAAACUUUUAUUAGACCACUCAUUUUUAUUAAAACUUUACCAAAUUUGUAUUAAUCGAAGCGACAUUGAAGCUAUAUUUAAUCAAAAAUUUAAUAAUUCUUCUUCUAUUAACCUUUCACAAUUCCACACAUUUUUAAUUGAAGACCAAAGGGAUAAAAGAUUAAAUGAAAUUUUGUAUCCUUUAAUGUCAACAGAUUCUGCUUUAAAAAUUGUAAAUGAAUGUCAAUUAACUGAUUUGGAAAAAUCAGAAAAAGAAGAGGGGAAAGAAGAAGAAAAUGUUGGUGGGGGUUGUUUAAAUGAGAGUGGAUUUAUUAGGUUUUUAUUGAGUGGAUAUAAUUUACCCAUAAUGAAGGAAUAUUAUGAGAAAAAUGAUGAUUCGUUAAAUAGACCUUUGAGUCAUUAUUUUAUCAACUCUUCACACAAUACUUACCUAAAAGGAAGGCAGAUGAAAUCCCGUUCUUCAGUUUCUAUAUAUAGAUAUGCUUUGCUAUCGGGUUGCCGUUCGGUGGAGCUUGAUUGUUGGGACGGGCCUAAUGGGGAUCCGAUGAUUACACAUGGACCUACUCAUAUAUGUUUUUGUACAACAAUACUUUUUAAGGAUGUAAUCAAAGCAAUAGCUGAGACAGCAUUCGUCACUUCUGAUCUCCCAGUAAUCCUAUCAUUCGAAAAUCACUGCAGCCAAAAGCAACAAGUAGUGAUGGCACAAUAUUGCAGGGAAAUACUUGGAGAUUUGUUGUUGACUGAAAGCAUUGAAAAUUACCCUAGUAAGGGUUUAUAA